AUUUUUUUAUAAAAUUAUUAAUGAUAUGAACUUUGAUAACUGAAAGUAAAUAUAUAAUAUAAUUAAGCGAUCACAGAAUUAUUAGAAUAAAAAGUAAGAAACACCUAUUUGAUGCUAUGAGACUUUCGUCUUCCUCAACAACGAGUUAGUGUCUCGGCUAUUUUUGUUCAACCUGCACGCGUUACUGUUUAUCUAAACAAUGCUAUAAUUAGAAGUGAAAUGUUGAAAUUUAUACAUGACGUUUUGUAGAUUUUUAAAGCAGCAUUUACUCUAUAAAAUCUUAUCAUCGUAUAAUUCGUUACAUCAUAUCUAUUGAAUAUUAUGUAUCCCAGUUUAUUGAUACUGAAUGAGCUUAUUAUAAAUGUGUUUAAAACGUUUAUCACAUUUUAUUGACUGGUACUAUACUAUAUUGGAUGCAGUAUAAUUUCAACAUACAUAAAUAGUACAUACACAAAAAAAAUAUAUAAUACAUUUUCUCAUUCAAAUAAAAAAAAAAUAAAUAAAUAACUAUGUUCCCGUUGCUGUCUUCUGCGACCAUUGUAACGAUAAUUCUAGGACUAACGGAAUUUAGUUCAAUAGCUGUUUUAGCGUCUAACACAACGUCUCAUCACGAUGCACCUACAAAAUGUCAAGACGGACUUCUUUUGUCUGUUUGGAAGCCCGAGGAUAACCUUACAACAGGAGAUCGAAUUGCCAGAGGAUUAGUUUACUUUUUUUGUUUAAUCUAUCUUUUCAUCGGUGUUUCCAUUGUGUCAGAUAGAUUCAUGGCGGCAAUCGAGGUUAUAACUUCAAAAGAAAAAGAAGUGAAAGUAAAAAAACCUGGCGGAGAAGUCCAAAUUGUGGUGGUAAGAGUUUGGAACGAAACUGUUGCAAAUUUGACUUUGAUGGCAUUAGGGUCGAGUGCACCUGAGAUUCUUUUGUCUGUUAUUGAAAUAAUGGCUAAGAAUUUCAAAGCUGGCGAUCUAGGACCUGGUACAAUUGUUGGAUCGGCAGCGUACAACUUAUUUGUCAUUAUUGCAAUUUGUGUACUUGUAAUUCCAAAUGGAGAAGUGCGAAAAAUAAAACACUUGCGCGUAUUUUUUGUAACUGCGACUUGGUCAAUAUUUGCCUACAUAUGGCUUUACCUCAUAUUGGCGCAAAUCACGCCUGGUGUCGUUGAUGUAUGGGAAGGUUUUCUCACUUUCUUAUUUUUCCCGGCUACUGUUAUUACAGCCUAUAUUGCAGACAGGAGACUUUUGAUUUACAAAUAUAUAGGCAAACAAUACAGAAUGAAUAAACGAGGUGUUAUAGUGCAAGCAGAGGGAGAUACGAAUAUUGAACUUGGGGAAGAUGAUACACUUAAAAAGCUACAAGAAAAUGGAGUGAGUGAAGAAAUACGGGACUUUGAAGAAUCUAGGCGUGAGUAUAUUUCAGCAUUAAAGGAUUUGCGUAAAAAAUAUCCUCAACAUGACUUACAACAACUUGAAAUCAUGGCUCAAGAACAGUUAAUGAAUAAAGGUCCUAAAUCACGCGCUUUUUACCGUAUUCAAGCUACAAGAAAGAUGAUGGGUAGUGGAAACAUAAUGAAAAAAAUCUCAGAGCGCGCUCAAAGCGACUUAAGCGAAGUAAGAGCAGAACUGAAACAAAAUGACUUAGAAGCACCAUUAGAAGAAGAGGCACCGUGCAAGUUGUACUUUGAACCAGGUCACUAUACAGUUAUGGAAAGCUGUGGUGAUUUCGAAAUUCGUGUAGUGCGUAGCGGUGACUUGUCAAUGAAAAUAUCUGUUGAUUAUGAAACUGAAGAUGGUUCUGCGGAAGCUGGAAGUGAUUAUGUUGGCAAAAAAGGAACAUUGGUGUUCUUACCAGGUGUUGAUGAACAAAGAUUCAAAGUUGAGGUUAUCGAUGACGAUGUAUUUGAGCAAGAUGAAUAUUUCUAUGUUAGACUAAGUAAUCCAACUGAACCAGCAAUUUUAUCAACUCCAAAAGUAGCUACUGUUAUGAUCUUAGACGACGAUCAUGGUGGAAUUUUCGCAUUUAACUCUAAAGACUACGAAUUAGUAGAGUCAGUGGGAACAUUUGAGCUAAAAGUUCAGCGGUACUCAGGAGCGAGAGGAAAGGUCAAAAUUCCGUUUUGGACUGAGGAUGGAACUGCUAAAGCCGGUAAAGAUUAUGAAAAAACGGAAGGAGAACUAGUUUUUGAAAACAAUGAAAUUGAGAAAUCUAUCGACGUUGUUAUUCUAGAAGAAGGAAGUUAUGAAAAGGAUGUUCUCUUCUACGUCAACUUGGGUGAACCACAGGUCUCAGGAGACCCAGAGCUUGAACAACUUAUAGUAGAUGCAGAGUCUAAGAAAGCAGAAGAAUUAUCUGAAGAAGAAAAAAUGGCCUUGCUCGGGCGGCCUAAGCUUGGAGAUACUGUGCGAACUCAGUUGCGAGUUAAGGAAAGCAAGGAAUUCAAAAGUACUGUUGAUAAGCUUGUUCAAAGAGCAAAUGCCUCUAUUUUAAUAGGCACAUCAUCUUGGAAAGAACAAUUCCUUGAAGCAAUUACAGUUAGUGCUGGUGGUGAUGAUGAUGAAGAAAACGAAGGCAAUGAAGAAGAUGAACCGACACCAGGUGUUAUGGACUACAUCAUGCAUUUCUUGACACUUUUUUGGAAAAUUGUAUUUGCAUUCAUACCUCCUACUGAUAUUUGUGGUGGCUAUGUAUGUUUUGUUGUAUCGAUAUUUUCAAUUGGUGUCGUAACUGCUGUUAUUGGAGACGUUGCAUCACACUUUGGUUGUACGUUAGGGAUUCGUGAUGCAGUAACCGCCAUUGUUUUUGUAGCAUUAGGAACAAGUAUACCAGAUACGUUUGCGAGUAAAGUUGCAGCUAUUCAGGAUAAAUAUGCAGAUGCAAGUGUGGGUAAUGUAACUGGAAGCAAUGCGGUUAAUGUAUUUUUAGGUAUUGGUGUCGCUUGGACAAUUGCCGCAUGCUAUCACGCCGCUCACGGAAACAAAUUUGAAGUCGAUCCAGGAACUUUGGCAUUUUCUGUCACGUUAUUCUGUACUGAAGCUGCAAUAGCUAUUGCCGUCCUCCUUAUUCGUAGAAAUAAAGCAGUAGGUGGAGAAUUAGGUGGACCACCGAUGCUGAAGUAUGUGACUGCAACCAUUUUAGUUGGUCUUUGGCUAUUUUAUUUAGUGAUGAGCAGUUUAGAAGCAUACGGAAUCAUUAAAGGAUUUUAAGUUAAUGGCAAUCAAAGACAAAAAUAAGUAAUUCUUGAUUAAAUAAGGCUAUAAUUAAAUACUAUAUUAAGAAUGGUACAAUUUAUUAUGUUAUUGCUCUGUACCGUAAAAAAUAUUCAAUACUGUGCAAAAAUUUAUUAUUUUUUCAAUUAAUAUUCUUAAGAGUUCUCUCAUAAGCAUGGUCUUUUCGUCUGUAGUCACGAUCGUAUUUUCAGAUUGACUUGUAUAAAAACGGAAUGUUCAAGUUUCUAGUUCCUAAAUUAUGCCCAUUUGCCUUCGUAAAGAUACAUAAUAUUAAUUCUACCGAUUUUUCCAAAUUGUUUAAAAAAAAAAACAAAUCUCGAAAAUAAUCGUACAUAUCGUACUCCAAAAUAAAAUGUAUGUUGAAUUUAAAAAUUUUGUCUUAUGUAAACGUUAAUAACGAAAAACAAAAAAAAAAUAGGUAAAUGUAAUCCUUUUUAAAUUAUUUAUUUUAAUUCGAAUGUCCAUUAAUCAAGCAAUAUUUUAAAAGUAAGCUCAGUAUAAGUCCAACAACAAAAUCUUUGGUUUUUAUUAUAUAAAAACAAUUUCAAUCUAGGUAUUACUCAUAUAAGACAUCAUCAAACAUCAAAAUUCAUUGUAUCGAUUUAUAAUUUUAUAGAAAAACUGAUUUUAUAUAGUAGUGUUGAUCAAACAUUCGCUUCUAAUUAAAUAACUUAUAAUUUAAAAAAAAAACAUAAGACCGUUCAUUUUAAUUAAAUAAAUACAAAUUUUUUAAAUAUAUUAUAAAUGAA